CGUAAUGGGAGGAGGGGUAAGGUCGCUCAUCCGCUUGGCGGUGGAGAGCCGAAAGCUCCUCCUCGAUGAGAGGAAGGGAUCCGCACUUGUGCCUCCAGGAGAGCGCAAGAUGGUGGUGGACGAGCUGGAAGAUGAGCCCUCCCACAGUAGGGCCGAGGCGAUGGGUCACAAAGACUUGGCGGCUUCGAGGGGUGCCUCCUGUGCGAGAGAGCAGGAGGAGCAUCGUAGAGAGCCUUUGCAGCCUGAGAUCAGAGCCGACACCAAGAAAGAUGGAAGGCAGCAUGAUAACGUGCCAGUUAUGAAAAGAGAGCCAGCGAAUGAGCAUGGGGCUCAAGAGCCCCAGCCAUCACCACGUGCUCAUGUCACAGGCCGUGAAGGUCUGGAGACAUUUAGCACGACAAGCAUGGAAAGCCCUUUGCCACAGUCCAAGAUGGAAGCGGAAGCGUCCUCCAAAGGUGCUCAUCGUGGGGAGAGCGAGCUUUCUAUCCUUGGUCUCAGCAUAGUUCGAGGUCGAGAUUCGCAACUGUUUAACCAUGAAACCUCCCAAAAUCUUGAGUUUCAACUCAAUUCGUUUCGAGACAUGUUGAUGAAGGAAGUUGGAGCUCGUGAAGCGUUGGAAAGUCGGCUGGAGAGGGCCUUAGCCGGUGAAGCAAGCCGAGGCAUAUCGCUCGACGUAUCUGUGGAGAGGGCGAAAACGCUCAAGUUCUUCAGGCAGUACCUGAGUCGCAGGAUGUGCUUCCGAUGGCAGAACAGAGCAGGAAUGAUUGCCUUCCGCAAGUGGUUCAUGGAAUGGCGCAGCUCAUGCCUGCAUGACGUGCAUGCACAAUGUGAAAUCCUGAGUGGAAGGGAAGGGCAAGGGGAGGAUGCUCCUGGGGGCAGGUCGUCAGCUGAAGGCAGGGAGGCUCAGGCUGCGGCCUGCUGGUCCUCUGUGGACGAGAUGUGCUCGACUGAACCUCUUCCUCUUGCUUCUGUUUCGACCCAAACGUGGGAUGUAAGGAUGGACGAGGGCGACGAAGAUAGUUUCGAGGCACAAGGGACGGUGUCGAGGCGAGGGGAGGGAUUUUCCAAUCGCUUCCACGAUCCUGAUUUGCAGGACUCGGAAUGCCAGACGGUGGACCGUGAAGUUGUAGACGCCGAGGCUCAAACACCUCAGAGCCUGGACAGCAACUUGUCCGAGACGGUCACCCGCCAUUUGCAGCACGAAUCUUCUCAAACAGAAGCUGUGAAUGUCGCCGAUGAAUUGCACGUCAUGCACAGAGAACGUCAGACGAACACUCAGGGCACCCACGUAGAAAUUCAGACUGUGCGGAAUCACAACGACGAGAUGACGACGCAGACCGAGACUUCCGAUCUUGUCGACAUGUCUGCUCAAACAGCCCUUGUCAACAUCACCGAUCAGUCUGCUCAGACCACGACGGUACUCAACAAUGCGAUCCACACGCAGACCAUUGCGGUCGAGCAUGCGGAUGAGGACCAGAUUGACGUGGCUCGAGGACCUCUCCCUCCUCCCCGCGAAGUCUCAGAGACCUUCGCUCCUGUCGCACUGGGCGCCUCUAGUCCCUCGCUGUCGGGCGACCUCGACCUCUCCCUGAGGAGCAAGAGGGACGACAUCUCUCCCAUUGCGAGGUCAUCUGAGACGAACUUGCUCUUUGACGAGGCGGAAAGGAGCGUGACAUGGUGCGUGGAGAGGCUGCAGGAGCUGAGGAGGGAGCACCACGAGGACGCGCAUGUGAUACAAGAGAUCGAGCACGUCUUCCUCCACCUCCUCCCCGUCGCCAAGCUAACGGCUGAGGCGGGUGAGGCGGACAAGCAGCAUGCUCUCGCUGAGCCGCAGAAGCUCAACGAGUUUCUCCAUGAGGACGAGAGCAGGGGGGAGUCAGCGGCGUCGAACUACAGCACAGUGAGGAGAGAAGAUGAUGACGACAAGUUCCAAGCCAAGGAUGUGGAGGUAGACAGCUCGUCGAGCGAUGAGGAUGUCGAGAGCGGGGGAGAAGUGGAGAGUGGCGAUGAGAAGUCCGAGAUGAAGAAGAUGGUUCAACGAGUGAGAGACCUCGAGGAUGAGCUCAUGUCCAGCAAGCAAGAGUUGGAGAUGGAACGGAAGAAGAAUGCGGGCGUGGUUCGCGUCAGGGACAAUGAUGAUGAUGAGAGUGAUCGGGAAGACAUUGGUCAAGACCUUGUGAAGAAACUCCAACUCGACAUCGAAGAGAUGAACGUAAAGCUGAUUGCGAUGGCAGAGAAGAAUCGGUCUUUGAGCUCUCAGGUCGAGCGACUGGCUGAGCUGCUUCAAGAGAGCAACAGCGACUACGAGGAGCUGCUGCAGGAGCACGAGAAAGAUCUUCACAAGUCUUCCAUCGCUCUCAAUGCUGCUUUGACGGCAGCCCAGCACGUGGGCAACAUGAAGGCAGAGGCCAUGAUGCAGGAGCUGGUGAUACUGAGGCGCGAGAAGGAGAUGAAGGAAAUCUUGUCGGGACAAGAAAACAACGCAGAGGCGAUGGAGGAGCUGGAGGAGAGAGAAGCGAGGAGGGAGGAGAGGAGGAACAGGCCAGGGGGCGAAGCACUCGAUGCUCACAUGAUGUCAAGUAUGAAAGAUGAGAUCGAAAAGCUCCUUGCAAGAAGGGCCAACGACCUUCAAGCGAUCGACGAGCUACUUCAGCGACAGGCUGCCAAUCAGCUGCAGGAAGACCAACUGCGUGAGGAGAAUCGACAACUCAAGGAAGAAAUGAAGAGGCUGAGAGAGGAGCCGUCCCAGCUGCGCGAUCAGGAAACGCUUCAGACGGUUCAAGACUUGCAACAAGAGAUUGAAAGAGAAAAAGAUAUUCACUCCAACCUCAGCAAGCAGAACGCAGAGAUCGCCCAUCGCCUGCAAGUGGCGCUCAACAAGCAGAAGCAGCUUCAGAGCGACAAGGACAAGGCGGCAGAGGAGGAGGCAAAACUCGCGGCAGAGCUAGCAGGAGCACUCUGCGAGGCUCGCGGGCUGAGAGAGGAGCUAGAGGUCCUCCGGAGGAACAGCCUCCACCACCAGCAGCAGCAACAACAGCAGCAGCAGCAUGAACAGCACCUCAUGGCGGGGGAUGUAGAUCUUGACGACACUGAGGCGAUCCUGCAGCGAGGAGACGCGGAGGAGCUGGAGAUGCAGCUGAGACUGGCCGUGAGCGAGAUCAUGAGGAGGAGGGCAGAGGGAGGGGGAAGGUCUCCUGGGCCCGCCAAGGAGGAGGCAGAGCGGGGGCAUGCGGGAACUUUCAUGGACAAUUGGGAAAGCAGGAGGUUCUCAGGAGCUCUGGACGAGAUAGAGGAACAACUGGCGAGCUUGGAGGGGCAGAUCCUCUUGUCGCUGCGGGGGGAGGUUGAGGGGGUGAAGGAGCAAGUGAGGCAGAACAGACAUGCGAUGGAGAAGAAGGUGCAGGAGCUGCUGCUGGAGAACUCCCUCUGUCGUAGUCACGCCCGUCAGCUCGAGCAAAGUCUGACGAGCCCGCAUGAAGGCCGGGGGGCCGCUGGCUCGGGGCAUGCGGACUGCAGUCGUUGCGCGCGGACAAGGGAGGAAGCGGAGUAUGUGAAGGAAGCCAACGCUAAGAACAUCGAGAUGCUUACGGAGAUGCUCAACGACACGCAGAACGAGCUGGAGAAGUGGAGGACUGCAGCACUGCCGGGCAACGACAAGAUAAGGAAGAAGCUCCUUGCCGAGAGCGGCUUGUAGGCUGCUGUCAUGUAAAGUUGUACAUACAAAAAUGGGGAAGGGAGCUGUAGCUUGCUGUAAAGUGAUUAAACCAUUCAGACUGC